AUGCCCCAUUCCUUCUUAGCCGCCACACCCCUUACCUCCAAGCUGCUGCUGAGGGGCCCCCAUGGCAUCUGGGGGCCCCUGCGAGGCCCUGCUGCUGCUUGCUGCGCCUUGGGGGCCCCAGAAGGUAGGCAGCAGCGGCCUGUUACUGCAGCAGCAGCAGCAGCAGCAGCAGCUGCUGCUGCUGCUGCUGCUGCACCAUCUGCUGCACACAACUGCGAAAAAAGCCUCUUUUUGGGGGCCCCUCGCUCUUGUCUAAGAAGCUGCUGCCUGCGGGGUGCCCGAGGCAGACUCUAUGCUUCGGCUGCCGCUGAACUGCAGCAGCAGCAGCAGCAGCAGCAGCAGCAGCAGCAGCAGCAGCAGCAGCAGCUGGCGGAGCAGCAGCAACUGGACACUGGGGCAUCUUUCGAGUUUUCCUGGGAGACAGAGCCGGAAGAGGAAUUUCUAAUAGAGGCAGGAGAUAGCAGCAGCAGCAGCAGCAGCAGCAGCAGCACCGACAGCAGCAGCUUCACCCAAAGCCUUUUUGUCCCGCAAGAGGACUUCCAGCAGCAGCAGCAGCAGCAAGCCGCUCUGCAGCGCAGCGCAGACAGUGCUGCCGUUGCUGCUGACGGGGAAGCAGCAGCAGCAGCAGCAACAGCAGCAGCAGCAGCAGCAACAGCAGCAGCAGCAGCAGCAGCAGCGCGGCGUCGGGUGUUUUUGCUGCUGCGCGAGCACGCGCCUGCGGAGGUGUUGGCAGAGUUUCCUGCUGAAGUGCUUGCAGCAGCAGCAGCAGCAGCAGCAGCAGCAGGAAGGCCCGCAGGCAAGGCCUUCAAGCAGCUGGGGGCCCUUCAGGGGGCCCUCGUGCUGCAGUCGAGAAGCAGCAGCAGCAGCAGCAGCAGCAGCAGCAGCAGCAGCAGCAGCAGCCUCACUGUGCAGACACUUGCGGUGGCAGCUGAGGCCUUCCGUACUCUGCGCAUACCCUGCGGGGACUUGUUAGUUUGCAACGUUCCGAAUAUUGCUGCUGCUGCUGAAGCAGCACUGCAGCAGAUCAGCGGGACAGGUGGCUCAGCAGCAGCAGCAGCAGCAGCAGCAGCAGCAGCAGCAGCGGAGGUCGCACCUGCAGCACCUGCACCUGCAGCAGCAGCAGCAGCAGCAGCAGCAGCAGCAGCAGCUUGCAAGUGGGCGCUGCCGCUGCUGGAGGCCUUCACUGCUGCUCGGAUAUCUCACCAGCAAACGCGCAGUUUGCUGCUGCAGCUGCUGCUGCUGCAGCAGGUGCUGCAGCAGCUGCAGCUGCCCCAGCUGGCCUCCCUAGCAGUUUGUGCUGCUGCGGGGCCCCUCCUGGGGGGCCCCCAGGGGCCCCCCACCUUUUCCAUGUUGACCCCUUUAGCUGCAAGAGUCUCCGAGUUUCUUGAUUUGCUGCCUGAGGUCCUCAGCAGCAGCAGCAGCAGCAGCAGCAGCAGCAGCAGCAGCAGCAGCAGCAGCAGUGCUGCUGCUGCUGCUGCGAGCCUGCCGAACUACGGGACUCUCCUGGGGCCUCUUCCUGGCCGCAGCGCUGCCUUCCUAGUGUCCGCCUUCAGCUGCACUGAGCAGCAGCAGCAGCAGCAGCAGCAGCAGCAGCAACAGCAGCAGCAGCAGCAGCAGCAGCAGCAGUUUCUCCAGCUUAGGAACCGUUUGCUGCUGGAGCUGCUGCCUCUUUGCUUCUCCAAAAUGACUGCCUGGGAGUUGGCUGUGACAGCAGAGGCCCUCAGCAAGAUUCACAUGCAAAUCAGCAGCAGCAGCAGCAGCAGAAGCAGCAGCAGCAGCAGCAGCAGCAGCAGGAGCAGCAGCAGCAGUACGUGCUGCAGUAUGGCACGCUCAGCCUCCACGGAGCCAGAGGGUGCUGCUGCUGCUGCUGCUGCUGCUGCUGCUGCUGCUGCUGCUCAGCAGCGACGAACGCAACAGCAGCAGCAGCAGCAACAGCAGCAGCAGCUGCUGCAGCAGCAGCAACAGCAGCAGCAGCAACGGCAUCAGCUGCAGCAGCAGCCGCAGCAGCUGGAGCUGCUGCAAGUGCGGGAUUUGCUGCUGCGCGUCGGAGCUGCUGCUGCUGCUCGGCUGCAGCAGUUCAGCAUCACAACGCUCACUGCAUUGCUGCAGGCGCUGCAGUGCUGCAGCAGCAGCAGAAGCAGCAGCAGAAACAGCAAAGGUCUUAUCAGCAGCAGCAGCAACGGAACCAGCAGCAGCAGCAGCAGCAGCGAGAGCAGCAGCAGCAGCAGCAGCGAGAGCAGCAGCAGCAGCAGCAGCAGCAAAGAUGUGGCCGCGGCUUUACUCUGCGGAGUCGCAGUGCUGCUGCGGGCGCUGCUGCUGCAAGGCCACCUGCUGGGGGAGUUGGCUUUGGAGUGCCUGCGCAGUUUGCUGCUGCAGCAAGUGUCUCCUCAUUUGCUGCUGCAGCAAGGGUCUCCUCAUUUGCUGCUGCAGCAAGGGUCUCCUCAUUUGCUGCUGCAGCAAGGGUCUUCUCAUUUGCUGCUGUCUCCUUUUUGCUUCUUGUCUCUGGCGGAGGGCAUUUGCUGCUGCCGGCCGGACGCCAUCCAGGUGUACGUACACCUCAUCCAGCGCUGGCAGCAGCUGCAGCAGCAGCUGCAGCAGCUGCAGCAGCAGCAGAAGCAGCUGUUGCUGCAGCAGCAGCUGCAGCAGAUACAGACUCAAACCAUACGCUUUGCUGCUGCGCUGCUGCUGCAUGCGGCUCCCCACCAACUGCAGCAGCUCUUGCAGCUUCCAGCAACGCAGCAGCUUCUCAGCGAGGCCCUUCAAACAGCAGCAGCAGCAGCAGCAGCAGCAGCAGCAGAGAGUGGCGCGCAGGGCGUGGCUGUGGACUCUGCAGCAGCAGCAGCAGCAGCAGCAGCAGCAGCGCUGGGCCUCCCGAGUGCUGCUCUGGAGAGCUUUCCGGCAAAAGGAGCAACAGCAGCAGCGCCACAGGAGUCAGCAGCAGCAGCAGCAGCAGCGCCACAGGAGUCAGCAGCAGCAGCAGCAGCAGCAGCAGCUGCUGCUGCUGCUACACCUCAAGACACGCUGCUGCGGAUCGCGGCUGCAGUAGCGUGCGCGUGGCUUGCAAAGUCCGUGGCUGCUGGCAGCAGCAGCAGCGGCAGCAGCAGCAGCAGCAACAGCAACAGCAGCAGAGCGACCAUGGGAGAAGCAGCUGCUUUUCCUGAAGCCUUCGUGGGCCUAGUGCUAGCUGGCUUAAAGGGGACGCAGUGGAGGCACAGAGGGGACUCGCGUUUGCUGCAGCAGGUGCUGCUGCUUGCUGCUGACGAGGGUUUCUGGGGCUCUGCUGCAGCAGCAAAUAAUCCGACACACAAAGCUGCUGCUGCUGCUGCUGCUAAGUGGGAGGAAAACACGCCGAUUUCCACUGUGACAAACAGCAGCAGCAGCAGCAGCAGCAGCAGCAACAGCAGCAACAGCAGCUGCCUCCACUGCAGCACAGAAGACAGCUGGGGCGCUUGCUGGGCAGUUUGUGAGAGGCCGCGGGCGCCGUGCGGCAGCUGCAGCAGCAGCAGCAGCAGCAGCGGCAGCAGCAGCAGCAGGGAAGAGCUCCAAGCGCUUCUGCUGCUGCUGAAGGAUCUGCUCUUCUCGCAGCGGUCCACAGCCGCCAAGACUCAUUUACAGCCAGCAGCAGCAGCAGCAGCAGCAGAAGCACCAACGGCACCCGAAACAGCAGCAGCAGCAGCAGCAGUAGCUGCUGCUGCUGCUGCUGCUGCUGCUGCGGAUGCACUUCUCAGCUCUGCUUCCUUUGUUAAGGAUUCGACAGGAAUGGAAGGUUUGUGCGUUUCUGUUCCUUUGGAUUUCGGGUGUAUAGGCAGCUGCAGCAGCACAACUGGCAGCAGCGGCAGCAGCAGCAGCACCGGCAGCAACAGCAGCAGUGACAGCAGCAGCAGCAGCAGCAGCAGCAGCAAAUCGGAAGCAAAGAACCGCUUCUCCACUUCGACUUACCUUCCGCAGCCAGCUGACAAAGCAGGAGCUGUAGCAGCAGCAGCAGCAGCAGCAGCAGGACGAAAAGCAGCAGCAGCAGAAGCAGCAGCAGCAGCAGCAGCAGCAGCAGAAACAAAUGUUUUGUUUGUGCUGCUGGAGGAGAAACACUGCCUUUCAGCUGUAAAGCACAUUGCGGACCUCCAGCUCCCUCCCGGUGACUGUCAGCAGCAGCAGCACAACAGCAGCAGCAGCAGCAGCAGCAGCAACAGCAGCAGCAGCAGCAGCAGCAGCAAUCGUCUGCUGCAGCGCUACCUGCAGGACGUUGCGCCGCGUCCCCCGGCGCUGCUGCUGCUGCAGCCUCAGCAGCAAGACAGUAAGUUUUCUGAGUGGCAGUUUGAAUCGGUUUUAAGGACUGCUGCUGCUGCUGCUGCUGCUGCUGCUGCUGUAGCAGCAACAACGACAGCAGCAACAGCAACAGCAGCAGCAGCAGCGUGUCUUGUGUGUCUUUCAGUUUUAAUGCAUCUUCCUGCUGCUGCUGCCACCGCUUUGGCCUUUUUGCAAAAACAAACAAAACCCAAACAAGCCCAAGUGGUGCUCGUGCAGCAGCAGCAGUGGUCGGGACUCGGAAGAAACAGCAGACUGCAGCAGCUGCAGCAGCUGGUGGAGGCCUUACCUGCAGCAGCAGCAGCAGCAGCAGCAACUGCUGCUGCUGCUGCUGCUGCUGCAGAGCCUGCUGCUGCCUGA